ACCCGAAGCGGGCGGGGCCGCCCCUCGCGGAGCCGGCGUUGGAAGUGUGCGGCGCGUCGCGGCCGGGAGCAGCUGCUGGCGGCGCGGGAACAUGGCGAGCGGCGCCGGCGAGGAGGAGAAUUUUGAAGAUGCCUUCGAAAACAUCCCAGUGGCAUCUAAAAUGGAUCUCAAGUGUUCUCUGGAAGAAUGUGCAAUGGCACUGAACUUAUUUCUAAAUAAUAAAUUCUCUGAAGCCCUGGAAUUGCUUCGACCAUGGUCUAAAGACAGUAUGUACCAUGCUCUUGGCUAUGGCACAAUAUUAGUUAUGCAAGCUGCUAUGACCUUUGAACAACAGGAUAUCCAACUGGGAAUUUCUACAAUGAAGGAAGCUUUACAAACCUGCCAAAGAUUCAGAAAAAGAAGCACAGUGGUAGAGUCUUUGUCCAAUCUGGUUUCUAAACAGUCAGUGGAUCAGCUGAGUGAAGAGGAAAUGCAUGCUGAAAUCUGUUAUGCUGAAUGUUUAUUGCAGAAAGCAGCACUUACAUUUGUACAGGAUGAAAAUAUGAUCAACUUUAUCAAGGGUGGCCUCAAAAUUAGGACAAGUUACCAAAUAUACAAAGAAUGUCUUCAAGUGCUACAGAUGACUCAGGGCAACAAAAGCAAAAAUGAAACUUACCACCAGUUUGAAGGAGGAGUAAAGCUUGGGAUAGGAGCGUUUAAUCUGUUGCUGUCCCUUUUACCAGGAAGGAUUCUCCGGCUUCUAGAAUUUAUUGGCUUUUCUGGCAACAGGGAUAUAGGCCUCCUCCAGCUACGGGAAGGUGCUUCCGGUACAAGUUUGAGAGCCAUCCUGUGUACUUUCACCUUGCUGGUAUAUCACACUUUUGUCUGCUUCAUCCUUGGUAUAGGAGAAGCCAAUCUUGAGGAAGCAGAGACUCUACUUGAACCCUACCUCCAGAAGUUUCCAAAUGGUUCCAUUAUUUUAUUCUAUGCUGCCAGAAUAUCUAUACUGCAAGGAAAUUUUGAAAAGGCACAGUUAACACUCCAAGAAUGCAUUGCAGCCCAACAAGAGUGGAAACAGAUCCAUCACCUCUGUUACUGGGAGUUGAUGUGGUGCUACACAUUCCAGCAGAACUGGCUUCAAGCAUAUCGGUAUGCAGACCUGCUCUGCAAAGAGAGCAGGUGGUCUAAGGCAAUAUAUGUGUUCCAGAAAGCUGCAAUUUUGUGUAUGCUUCCUGAUGAUGAUGUGAAGAAAACUGGGGAGAACAUUGUAUCUUUGUUCAGACAAAUAGAAGGCCUAAGGCAAAGAAUUGCAGGAAAAUCUAUUCCAACAGAAAAGUUUGCAGUAAGGAAAUCACGUCGCUAUGCAAGUUCUCAGCCAGUGAAGCUUAUACUACCUGCCCUGGAAAUGAUGUAUGUCUGGAAUGGUUUUGCAGUUGUAGGCAAAAGAACAGACCUUACAGAAAGUUUAUUAAUAACAAUUGAAAAAGAAGAAACUGCUCUACAGAAUGAAGCUAGAAAGAAUCAAGGAAAGGUGUCAGUACAAACUGAAAGCAGGAAAUGGAAGCAAUGGAAUAUCCUGGAUAGUAAAGAAAAUCAAAGGGAUCAUAGUGAAUACUACAUGGAUGAUGUAUGCUUGCUGCAGUUACUAAAAGGCCUCUGUCUGAAAUACCUGGGAAGACUCUUGCAAGCUGAGCUGUGUUUCAAUCAAGUUAUCCAAAGUGAAAAACAGAUAAAGUAUGAUAACUACUUGGUGCCAUUUACCCUAUAUGAGUUGGGACUUCUGUACAAACAACGGGAUGAGAGAGAAAAAGCAAUACGAUACAUAGAAACUGCAAAAAACAAUUACAAGGAUUACUCCAUGGAGUCCAGGUUACAUUUUAGGAUUCAUGCAGCACUUGACAGUCUGAAAGUGACUCCUGCUUCAACGCCUUGACUUACCCAAAGAAGGAUCUUCUUCAUGAAUGCAAGUGUCUACGCAAUCUUGUUCAAUAGGUGUAAAAAAAUCAUGAAAAAGAAAAAAAAUUAUAUUUUCUAUCAUCUUUCUGAUUACUGUUUGUCAUACUUUAGGCUGUUCUUUUCUAUGAUGCAUAUACAAUAUCUCUGCUUGACACCUUUAAGAAAUACCUUUUAUUUAAUUUGCUAAAAUAAUGUAAUGUUUGACUUGAAUGGGGCCAGUUGCAGGUGCAAUAAAGUAAUUCAAACACUUUAUUUUUUAUGUAAAAAAUAAUGCUGUUUAUGGAGCUGUUUGAGUCUAGGUAAUGAUUUCGGCAUUCCAUGGAGACUUAUUAGGAUUUUUCUGCCUCUGGAAUAAAUUUGCUGGCUGCUAAGAGUCUGUCAUACAGUUGAUACACCUCUGAUAUUGGAAUUUUUGUACCAAGGAGAAGAUUCACUAACUUUGGGCCAGAAGAUGAAAAAGGCUCAAUUUUCCUUCAAAGAACAUUUUGUUUUCAGUGUAAUAUUUUUACCAUAUCCUUCAAGACAAAAUUAGACACUGUUGUAAUUACAUUGGCUUUACAGUCCUUUGUUUCAAUCUAAACAAGUGAUUUCAGGGAGCACUUUCCAGUCUUGUUGGGUUGCAGCCAAAAUAUAUGAAUAUUUGCAGCAGUGUACUCUUUUCCCAGGUUGAUACGUAUUCUGAACUGUUCCAUUAGCGUUAGUAAGUUACCUGUGCAUCAGCAGAGUAAACUUCAACUCUCUCCUUCCCGCACCCUCAAAAGGGCAAAAUUCAGUGUAGUUAAUACUACUUAAUAAGGAAUAUAAAACAUGAAUGGUUUCCUUCAUGAUUAUUUGGUGAGCUACAUCUAAUCAUAUGCUCACUUUUCCCUUUUCACUCUUAAUAGUUCCCAGUUGUUAUAUAACAGCCCAUAAUUUAGGAAUAUUUUAAUCCAUUUUACUGUAAACCAAAAGCUAAAUGCACUGAUUUUGCAAGUUAUCACUUUACAGUCUAUUUCCAUGUUUUAUAAGUGUUACUAUAUUAUUCUAGUAUGCUGAAUUGAUAAUAUAUCCAACUGCAUAGUUACUGUGAUUUAAUAUCAGGAAAAGGAAAGAAACCAAACCAAGAGGAAACAUCUUUGUUCAGAUUUACUCAUCCUCAGUUAAUGUAAAUUAAUUCAAAUUUUUAUAUUAAAUAUUUACUUUUAAUUAA